CCCGCCGCAUCCGCUGUGCGCGCCUCGUCGCCGGACGCAGGCCCUCUCCCUCGCCCGCCCAGACAGCCGCAACCCGCAACCCUGACUGCAGACCCGCUGCGAAGGCUGCCUUCACCUCGCCUGCCACCACCUCGCCCACCCCACACACGCUUUCCCUCGAAUGUCGGCACACCAACAUGUCCAACACUCUGGCCCUGCGCACCGCGACUUUCCUUGAGCACCCCAUUUCCUGAAAAGCCACCCCGUCCCUUCGGCAACAUAUAUCUUUUUUCAGAAUCGACGACUCCCGUCACGGCGUUGAGCGUGGGCAAUUUUUAAAAGGCAGUGGCACGCGACAGUUGCUCGAACCUGCGUCUGGAAAAUCCCGAAUCUGCUUCUUUUUCUGCCUUUGAGCGCUUGUCUGUGUGCGCCAACCCUACGCGACCAGGACUGUGUCGCACUACCUCCUCCAGCCUCUCCACGGACCGCGCCGCAUCGCCAUGGCAUCUGCAACACAGGUCCCCGCGGAACAGGCCCAGCUGCGGCAAUCUUUUGCCAAGGUCGCUGCUUCUGCUCUCAAGACCCAGACGCUAAAGGAGCCUGCGCCCAAGGCAAAACCGCCUGUUGCCACGCCCAGGAUUCUUGUCCAGCCGCAGAACAUGCGCCCGGCUCCCGUCAGCGCCGAGGUGCCCAAGGUGCUCAUAGAGAAGAACGAGACCAGAGGCACAACCGAGCAGUCUGGCACCGGACAGUGGACCAACCCCGCAGGUCAGCCAGCCAUGCUGCCGUCCAACGUCAGGGAGGAGGAGACAGAGAGGCCCCGCUCGGCCACCAUCAUCAAGGUUUCUGCCGCAGAAGACAGCAGCACCCAGCUGUCUUCCUCAGACGGCUCUGCCAAGCCUCCUAGCGUCGACGGUGGAAAGAGCGUCGCCUCUACCACCACGUUCGCUCUCGACGAGAAGGAGUCGCUUCGUCCUGAUGACAGCGCUAGCCUGAGGGCGGUCGAGGAAGAGGAUGUCGCGUCCACCCCAGACUCAGUCGUUGCCGAUUCCCGACAAGGAUCCGACAAUGGCGCCGCUCGAGCCUUUCGCGACCAGCUGCAUGAGAUUGCCGUCAUGAACCCUCAGCCUCAGCGAGGUGGCCCACCAGGGCGCUUCCCCAAUCUCCCCAACGGCCCCCACACACUCUACGACCCUACUCAGUUGCCCAACGAAGCUAGGCCCCUGUCACAGUCGGUCGGCAACGGCAUUCCCUUGAUUCCUGGAGGUCCCAACCUGCCUGCCACUCCAGACGAGAAGCUCAUCGAGGCAUUGCAGUCUCCACGCGACCGACUCUUCGUAGUCAAGAUCGAGCAGGACUUUAUUGAUUUCAUCAAGGACCCUCGCGAACAUGAAUACUCUCUCCCCAACUGCAACACAUUUUACAGGAUGCUUGCCCAUCGUCUUGCGGACUACUACCUGCUCGGUCAUGUGGUUGAUACGACCAUGACUGGUGUGAAAAUUACCCGCACUCCAUACUGUAGAAUUCCGCCUCCUCUCUCGCAAAUGGUCGAUCCCGCCAAGAGCACUGACACGCCGCCUGCCGAACUCCCGACUCGCAAGAUCAUGCGCCGUGAUGAUGGAAAGUCAGGAACUAACACCACAGCCAACUCCAAGACCACAUCCGAGAAUGGCGGCAGCGAUGGCUGUGAUGAGAAUGGCAAGGAGAAAGACAAGGGCCCGCUAACUCGAGAAGAACGUGAGGCGCGCUACCGAGAGGCUCGGCAGCGGAUCUUUGGCAGUGCCGAGAGCGAGGAGACUGAGUCCGCCGAAGCGACUGGAUCAGGCGAAGAGAAGGAGAAAGAUAAGGAUAUGUCAAGGUCGAACUCUGCUUCGGGCAAGAAGAAGACCAAGAAGCAGCGCAACUACGACGACGAUGACUUCCAAGCUCGGUCUCGAUUCAACGCGUACUACCCACAACAAUAUCCUACACCAGGAUAUUCUGGAGACAACGUAGUCUACUACAAUGGGUUUCCAGGGCCCAUGCCGACUCCACAGUACACGAACAUGAAUCCAGGGGCCUCGCCGCCACCAACAUACAACAACCCGUAUCCGGUCAUGGUGUCUCCAGAUGCUCAGCCGCAGUAUGGCUGGCCCGGUCAACAGUACCAGCCUCCGAAUGCGCCCGCGAUGUACCCCAAUUACGGUCCAAUGCAGAAUGGCUACGACUUGUCAGCAGACUACCAGCGGGGCAUGUCUUCGUUUCAAAACGCAGGCAUGCCUUCUCAAGUGACCCCCAAGAUGGCCAACACCAUGAUGGCGCCUUACCAAGACUCGUACCCGCAGCCCCAGCAAGCGCCAAUGAACCCAGCUUGGCCGCAGAUGAACCAGCAACCCUCCUAUCCCAUGGCUCAAGGUGCAUUUACGCCCCCCGGACCCGGCAACCGCCCCAUGUCUGCGCCACACCAAGGACCCAUGCAGGGAUCAUACCCAUACGGCCAGUUCCCCUCAAGUCCCUACAACGGCAAAGCAAACCGCAACCAACACCCCAUCCCAGGCAGCUACAACCGCCAGCAAUUCAACCCGCAAAGCCAAGCCUUCGUCCCAGGCGGCCGCAACAUGCCCUUCCAAAUGCAGCCCAACAUGGGCCCCGGACCGCCCCAAAUGAACGGCUACGCCGGUUUCCAAAUCCCCGGCUCCAACCCAAUGUCCAGACCAAACCCGUCGUCGACCAGCACACCCUCAUUCGGCUCCCCGCAGACCAUGCAAGGCACCCACCCUGGUGGUAGCAGCAUGAUGAACAGAAUCGCAUCCCAGCCCGGCGAGCCUGCAUCCGCUUACAACACGUCGACGCAUAGCAGCAUCGCUAAGUACGGCACUCCGUCGCAUUUACCUGCUAAACCCCCGGCGCCGCAACAGGUCGCGCCCAAGUUCCCCGCGUUGACGCGUGUGCCGAGUAAUUUGGCAGCGGGGCUUGUUGGCACCGCGCAGAAUGGGAAUCCGGCUGCUUAGGGGGGGGUGUUGGGGC